AUGCCUCCUUCGGAUGAUGAAUUUCAAGAUGCUACUUCGAGUACUUUUUAUACUGCAAGUGAAAUAGAUAAUAGUAAAGAGGCUCCUGUUAUCACGAAUCAAUCAACUAAGAAUAAGAAGAAGAAGAAUAAAAAGAAGAAUAAAAAGCAACAACAAAAUGAAGAUGCCUCGGUAUCUUCUUUUACUGGUGAAAGCUCUACUUAUGAAGAAAAUAAUGAAAGUAACGAACUUGUAAAUAGAACUGAACAGGUUGAUCUCAACAAUAAUGACAACUCCAUAGAUAAGCGCGGCAACGACGAUACUAUAACUGAAGAUGCUGAAGACGUUAAUAACCCCAUUGGAAACGAAACAGAACAACUCAAGGUAGUAUUACCUAAUCCUGUGAAGGUAGCAUCUCCAGAUGCUUCGUUUACGGAAGAAUCCCCAGAUGAUAAGCAUAAUUCUACGUUACCCAAUGGAAAACCUACUUUGCCAAGCAGAAAGCCCAUCCUGGAGUGUUUGAGAUUGGACCAGCCUUCAGCUCAAAUAUUGGAAGGUACGAGUGAAACCACUAAUGAUAAGAUGAAUACUAUUUCCAAUAGUUAUAGGAAAGAGAGUAAUAAUUUCUUGCUAGAGUCGAAAUUCAACCAGUUAAAUAGAGAAUUCGAAUCUAAAGACUUAAAGUUGAAAGAGCUGAUUAACUCCGGUACCGAGAACAUAAAGAAGACUUUCAAUGACAUUAAGAAUACUGUUGGGGGGUUCAGUGAGAUGUUUGAUUAUCAAAUCGAUUGGGAUUUUUGGACGAGAAUUGUAAACGAUUAUGAAUCGGUCAUCCAAAAUGAAUCUAAUGAAUUGAAUAAUCUUAUAAAUAAGGGUAUUCCAAAAGAGUUCAGAGGCAUUAUUUGGCAAUUAAUUGCUAAAUCUAAAAACUUCCAAAUGGAAGAAUUUUACUUCAACUUGAAGAGUGAAUCAUCAGUUCACGAAAAAUCUAUAAAGAGAGAUUUAACAAGAACUAGUUUUUUCACGAAUGUCGAACAAGUUAAUAAGGGUGAAGAAUUAUUCAAUGUUAUUAAGGCAUAUUCUUUAUUUGAUCCUGAUGUAGGUUAUACUCAAGGUAUGAUUUUUAUCACCGUUCCUUUGAUAAUGAAUAUGAGUGAAUCAGAAUGCUUCUGUUUAUUGGUUACUUUGAUGAAGGAUUAUAAUUUAAGAUCCUUAUUCUGUCCAGAAAUGAAAGGAUUGCAUUUAUUACUAUAUGAAUUUGAUCGAUUAUUGGAGAUUAACUUGCCAAAUUUGUACAAUCACUUGGUCAAACAAGGUAUCAAAUCUUCAAUGUAUGCGUCUCAAUGGUUUUUAACAUUUUUUGCCUACAAAUUUCCGUUAGAUAUAGUAUUAAGGAUUUACGAUAUUCUCAUCACCCAGGGUAUUGAAUCAAUCUUAAAGUUUGCUGUUAACUUGAUGAUAAAGAACGAGUCGAAUAUUACUCUGCUCAAGUUUGAUAAACUUUUAGACUUUUUGAAGAAUAACUUGUUCAAUGUUUACGUCAAUGACGAAUUUAUUAACGGCGCCAACAGUACGAAUAGUAGUCAGAACGACUUGACGGGGUCUGGAGUUUCAAGAAGAUUUUCCUUGCUAGGCGGAAGAAGAAGCAGUACUGGUGGAGCUCGUUCAAAGUCCCAUAACUACUACAAACUUAAUGAAUUGGUAGAGGACUCGAUGCAAAUUAAUGUCGUUCCUUUAGACUUGAGUAAAUUUGAAGCAGAGUUUGAAAACAUAUACUUAAACGAAAAAUCAAAGGCUACCGAAAUUGAAAGCUUAAGGAUCGAAAAUGGCAAAUUAAGACAUGACAUUAAGCUCUUGGAGACUGACUUCGCCUCAUUAAACAGAGAUCACAUAAAUAUUGUCCAAAAAAUGGUCGAUAUAAAGGUCACCUUACCGGACAUUGUCAACGACAACGAAGAUCUCCAAAGAUCUAUUGCCGAGUUAAAGGAAAAAAUAGAAGACUUGGAAUCAAAGAUAAAUGCCGGUUCGGGUGAUAAUAACAGUUCAGAAUCCAGUAUAGGCCUACAAACCCCUGCAUUACCAACAAAUAUAGAAAGCAAUAUUCAAGAAUUAUUAACUAUAAAUGCUCAAGAAACAGAAAGGUUCGCCAACUUAGAAGAAGAGUUGAGUAACUUGCAUAUGGAAGAUGAAAGAUUGGCAUCAGAAGUACUGAACGUUAAACAGUCCAAAUGGAUAUUUAAUAGGUGGAAAUAG